UACAAAUAUUUAAUAAUUCUUAUUUUUGUAUUCAAUUUAAAAAAAAAUUAUCAGAUUUUGAAAGAAAUUAAAUUUUUUUUUUUCGUAUAGGCAAUUUCUCUACAGAAGCGCUAGUAUUUUAGAUUGCCUUUCCCAUAUCGUUAUUUAUAGGAAUGACCAGUUGUGGUAGAAGGGGAUAUACGCGUUUUUACGUAAUGGUUGAAAGCGCUAUGCCGAGCGCUUAUCGAUAUUUUUAAAAACGGAAUUGUCGGAAUUCCAAUAUUCUUACGAUGCAUAUCGGAUUAUUUUUGUUAUCAAUAUACUUAUUAUAAGUUUUAACUAUACUGUCUAUACUAUACUAAUAAUAAAUAUAUUAUUUUGUCGUCAACCGUCAACGUGUCUACAAGUCUUCAUAGUUAAUUUGGUGUUGAACAAACAUUUUUAAUACAAUGAAUACUGAUUCAAACAAUUGCUUAAUCGAGCAUCUUUUGGAAAAUGAAUUUCAUUUAAAAAAUGUUGAUGAAAAAUUAACAAUUGUAAAAAAUGGUCGACCAUGUCCAGAAAUUCCAAAAUUGACAUCUAAUCACAAAGAAAAAAACAAAGUUUACAUUCGUCAUUUUAAUAUUUCUAAUUAUUUAAAUACUCCAUGGUUGACUGGUAGUGCAAAAUUAAAUAAACUUUUCUGUUGGCCUUGUGUUUUAUUUACCAGGGAAAAAAAUGUUUGGUCUCAUAGUGGUUUUGUUAAUUUAAAUAAUUUAACAAAUGGUAUUCAAAAACAUGAACGAUCUCAAACACAUAUUUCUUCUGUUUUAAAAUUAAAAAUGUUUGGAAAAUCUAGAAUUGAUUUGCAGCUUGAUGAACAAAGACGUUCAGAUGUAAUACGCCAUAAUGAAUUGGUAAAAAAAAAUAGAGACGUUUUAAAACGUUUUAUUGAUUGUGUUUGUUUUUUGGCGAUUCACGAAUUACCAUUUCGUGGUCACAAUGAAAGAGUUAAUUCUUUCAAUCAGGGAAAUUUCCUCGGUUGUUUAAAUUUAUUAUCAUCUUAUGAUUCUAUUUUAAACGUGCAUUUAGAAACAUCAAAAAUAUUCCGUGGUACAUCCAAUAGAAUUCAAAAUGAUCUUAUUUGCUCAGUUAGCAACAUCAUAUCAACGUCCAUUGAAUCAGAAAUAAAAAAUACUAAUUUUGUUGCAAUAUUAUUAGAUGAAACUUCAGACAUAACAAAUCUGUCUCAAUUAUCAACAACUUUAAGGUAUGUCCAUCAUGAAACCGGGGAAGCACAUGAACGUUUUAUCUCAUUUGUUGAUGUUAGUGCUGAUAGAUCAGCAGACGGUUUGUUGAAACACGUAAUUGAUAUAGUUAAUAGGUAUGAAUUAAAACAUAAAUUAGUAGCUCAAACUUAUGACGGAGCGGCCGUUAUGAGUGGUCAUGUUGGAGGACUACAAGUUAAAGUAAAGGAGCUCUACCCAAAAGCAUUAUUUGUCCAUUGUUUUAGCCAUUCAUUAAAUCUUGUACUUUCACAAUCAGCAUCAAAUAUAAAAGACUGUAAGAUUUUUUUUCAAACACUAACUGGUAUGGGAUCAUUUUUUACUAAAUCUUCUAAACGUACACAUGCUUUAUCUAAUUUUACAAGAAAAAAAAUGCCAAAAAAUGCGCCGACUAGAUGGAAUUUUUCUUCUCGCUUAGUAAAUACAGUUCACGAAUACAAUUCAUAUUUCAUAGAGUUUUUUCAACACGUAUUAGAUAAUUCUAAUGAUUGGGAUAAUGAAGCGAUAGUAUUAUCUCAAGGGUUCAUCAAUUUUUUAGAUAGUCGACAAACAUACUUUUUGCUAAUAGUAUUUAGUAAAAUAUUUAGUUUGACUGAUAUUUUAUAUGAAGUAUUACAAACUAAACGUUUAGAUAUUUUAUACUGUGUGAAAAAAAUUGAAGAAACUAAAUGUCAACUGCAAAAUUAUAGGUUAAAUCUAUUUGAAAAAUUAUGGGAAACAGUUUUAUCAGAUAAAGGCGAUUUUGAACUACAGCGUAAAAUUCGUGACCCGAAAACAUUUUACAAAGUACUUUUUAAUGAAAUAUUUGAUAACAUAUUGACAAAUUUGCAAGCGCGAUUUGGUUCUUUAAUUAAAUUUGAAUUUUUAUCAUUAAUUGACCCAAGUAAAUAUUCAAACUACACGAACGAAUUUCCAAAUUCUGCUCUAGAAAACUUGCAAGAAUCAAAUUUUGGAGAAAUAUUUGAUUUUAUUAGAUUACGAAAUGAAUUAAUUGUAUUAUAUAAAUCUGAAGAAUUUUUAAAUACUAAUCCAUAUGAUUUAGUCAAAAAAAUUAAGAUGAAUGAUUUAAUAUCGGCGUUCCAAGAAGUAUUUAAACUCGGUCAACUAAUUUUAACUAUUCCCAGUACAACAGCUUCAGUUGAACGUUCUUUUUCGGCAUUAAAACGAAUUAAAUCGUAUCAAAGAUCUACACAAGGGCAAGAAAGACUUAGUUCAUUAUCAUUAAUUUCAAUCGAAAAGGAACUCCUGCAUAAAGAAAAAAAUCAUCCAGAAUUUUAUGAUAAAGUUAUUAACGAAUUUUUAAAACAAGAAAGACGAAUGGAUUUUAUCUAUAAAUAA